AUGGAUAAUGAACAAGCUAUAUUGCAAUGUAUUGAGGAUACUGUAGUAUCAAAUGAUGUCCUUAUCAAGGAAGCUGAACAAAAAUUGUUCGAAUUUCAAAAACAAGCUGGUUUCACUGCAUUUUUACUGAAAAUAGUCUCUAAUACUGAACUUCCUUUAGCUGUUCGUAUGUCAGCUGCUAUUUACAUGAAGAAUAAGAUUCACAGAUCAUGGAAUGAAUUACAAAAAGAAGAUGGUAUCAAACAGCCAGAACAGGCGCAACUUAAAGAAGCAUUGAUCCAGACUUUGAUUUCCAAUGUCGAAGAUAGUCACAUUAGACCACAUUUAACAGAAUCUAUUAGAGCUAUCUUGAACAACCAAGAUGAAUGGGAUUUGACUCCUAUGAUUCAUGAGUUAUUAAGUAGCGGCAACCAAAACUAUAUUUAUCCAGGGUUUUUGCUGUUGUUCGAAGUUUGCAUUUUCCACAGAUGGGAUAUGGUCGGUAGUAGAUCCUACAUUGACAAAGUUAUCAACGAUAUUUUCCCAACUGUCGAAAAUAUUGCUUCUCAAUUGAUUAAUUCCGAAGAUUACAGAUCGAAUGAGUUGUUAUACUUGAUUUUGAAGUGUUUCAAAUAUGGUUGUUUAAAUAAUUUCCCAGCUUAUUUUAACAAUGUUGACAAGCUAAACUCAUGGGUACAAUUGCAUUUAUUUAUCUGUGCCAAACCUUUACCUAAGCAAGUUUUGGAUUUGGAUUAUGCCGAUAGAUCCCUAGAUAAAAGAGUUAAGGUCAAUAAAUGGGGCUUUGGUAACUUGAACAGAUUUAUCCAUAAGUUUAGUAGAACCACCAAAGUCAUUACAAAGGAAUUCUUGGAUUAUGUGAACAAGAAUCUAGUUCCAACAAUUUUACAAGAAUAUUUCAAAAUCAUCGAACAAUGGGGGACAAAAUCCUUAUGGAUCAGUGAAUCAUCAUUAUAUUAUUUAAUCCAAUUUUUAGAAAAAUGUGUUAAUACUGAUGAACUAUACCCUUUGGUUGAACCACAUUUGGAAGUCAUUAUCCAGAAUGUGAUUUUCACAUGUCUAUGUGCAAAUCCUCAAAGUGUUCAACUAUUGGAAGAAGAUCCUGAAGAAUACACUAGACGUUACUUCGACUUGAAUAGAGAAGGGUCAACUGCUGACGUCGCUUCAACUGAUUUCAUCUUUGUUGUUGGUGAAAAACGUCCAGAACAGAUGUCUAAGAUUUUACCAUUCGUUAACGAAAUCUUUAAUAGUUUUGCCGCAAAUGCUUCUGAUAUUAACACUGCUUAUAGACAAGAAGGUUCAUUAAGAGUUGCAUCAACCUUAUUUUCAUUUUUAAGCUCAUCUAAUGAACUGGAAGGUAUUUUCAGUCAUUAUAUCAUUGAAUUUCUGUCUCAAAAACAGUAUCCAUUUUUAGUCGCAAGAGCUUUAGAAACUAUCGCCUUGUAUACAAAUAGUUUCCAAGAUAUGAAUACAUUGUCUAAAAUUUUUGAGUUAACAUAUAACAACUUCAUGCAAAGUGAUGUAAUUCCAAUCAAAAUUGAGGCUGCUGAUGCAUUGAAAUCAUUAAUUAUUUCUAACCCAGAUAUUCAUUCACACAUUUCUCCUCAAGUUCCAGGCAUUAUGGAAAACUUAUUAAAAUUAUCAAAAGAAUUUGAAAUUGAUAUUUUAUCAGAAGUCAUGGAGUCCUUCGUUGAAAGAUUUGCUGAUGAAUUAACACCAUUUGCUGAAGAUUUAGCGAGAAACUUAUGUGAACAAUUUUUACAAGUUGGCCAAUCCUUAAUUGAAAAAGGCAGUACUACUUACACGAGUUCCGACCAAGAUCAAGAACUACAAUUAAUCGCGUUACUCCAGACUAUGACAACCAUGGUUAUGUCCAUGAACAAAGUAUCAUUAAUUGAUAUUUUAGCUCCUGCUGUAAAGUUCAUCAUCGUCAAUGCUCAGAUUUCCUUUUUAACUGAGGCUAUUGAUUUGAUAGAUUCAUUAGCAUUAUCAUCCAUUGCUUUAUAUAACCAAUUUACACCAGCGAUUUGGGAAGUUUUCCAUGACAUAUUGGAUUCAUACCAGACUUAUGCUUCUGAUUACUUUGAAUCUUACCAAAUAUUUUUUGAAACAGUUGUAUCCAGCGGAUUUACUCAUGAUACCACUUAUUUAGAACCAUUUUUACAAAUUUUAGCUUCCGAAAUCGAAAGUGAUGCUGAUUACAAUGUCGCCAGCGUUUUGAAUGUAUUAGUGUUUUAUGCUCUUUCCAUGAAGGACAUUCCGUUAUUUGAACAAGCUCUUAAGGUCUCCACUAAUGAGGAAUUAGAUUUAGAAGAUUCUGAGAUCAUUAAAGUAUUUUUGGCUAAUUUAUUUGUUAAACCAGUCGAGACAUUACAGAUCACCGAGAAAACAGGUAUGACUUUAGUCAUGUUACAAAAAUGGUUUGAUCAUAAAUUCACAAGUGUUUUUGGUAUAAAAUUACAAGUCGUUGCCAUUUUAACCUUAUUAAAAUUACCAGAAUUACCAAGUUGUGUAAAUGGAUUCAUCCCACAGUUUGCUGAUAAAUUAGUCACAUUAAUUGAAAAAUUACCAGAAGCUAUUAGAAAGCGUGAUGCUAUGGCUAAAGGUGAAGAAGGUUUUGAUGAAUUACUGGAAAGUCAAGAUGACGAAGACUACUUUGAAGGUUACGAAGAUGACAUGAAGGAAACUGUCUUGGAUGAAGUAAAUUGUUUCCAGGAUAUAAGUGUCUUUUUUUCACAAUUGCAAUCAAGCUCUCCAGAUAAGUAUGAACAAAUAAUCGGUACAUUAAGCGCUGAAAAGAGAAACUCUCUACAGGUGAUUAUGGAAUUUGUAUCACAAACAUAA